UGAAAAGGCGUUUUGCAGAUCAAGGACCGGCUAAUGAAUGUUUCUGUUGCUAUCUGUAGUCUUGAGUUGUUGACAUGGCUGGGUCGAAAGUGGGCUGAGCAGGUGCAUCUCGCACCUUCCAUCUGAAGUGUCAUCAAACAAGGCCACGUCUUCUUUCCAAAUGCACUUGACAGUCCCAUGAGAAGAACUGCCUUCUGCGAACCGCUCGAGACACUUGGAUCUAAGGAGAUCUAGGGGACAUCCACCCAACAUGACUCUCGAUGAACUUUCCAAGUCCUCAGACACGGAGGGAUCGACCAAGCCCUCUUCACCCAUUGUCCGUCAACCAGACCUCGAAGCAUACGCCCUCUCAAGGUUUGAUGAAGCAGUUGCUGCUGGGAAGCUCAUCUAUGGACCCUCGACGGCUGAGAUUAUAGAUGACAAUGGAUUCAAGUUUGAGCUCCGUAUGGCUCCAGCUGCUCAAAAGAAACCCAUCAUCUCACAUGAUGCCCCAGAAAGGAAGGACGGGAAGAAAGGCAACCCAUUCUUGCCACCGAAUCCUGAAGAAAUUGUGUCGACCGUGGGCGAUCAUCACUACUUAUUACUCAACAAGUUCUCCUUCUACCGGCCAAGUCUAUUGAUCACGACCAAACAGUAUAUUUCACAAGAAGAGGCUUUGACAGCUGGUGAUCUCACUGCACUCUGGGCUGUCAUGCAGACUUUCUCAGGUCGCUACCUAGGAAUCUACAACUGCGGCUACCACAGUGGAUCGAGUCAGGGGCACAAACACAUGCAGAUCUGGCCAUAUCCAGAUGAGGAAAAGCUGGGAUUCAGGAUAUUUCCCAGUUAUGCCACAUCAGAGAGCCUCAUCGCUGAUAGCAUCCCAAAAAUCCCUUAUAAGCACUUUGUGCUUCGACUGCCAGCAAAUGCUACAGCCGACACUUUGAUACAAAAUCAUGAUAGAUUACUCGAAGCAACCAGACAUGCUCAACAGCAAGCAGGAUCAGGAUCUGCACACAAUGUCAUCAUCUCAAAAGAAUGGAUAUGUCUGAUUCCACGACGUCGAUCUGGAUUCGAAACUGGGUCUGGGGUCAAUUCUGGGGGAGUUACAGGCUGUGCUGUGGUGACGAGCGAGGCCGAAAGACAGGCCUGGAUUUCUGGAGGACCCGCUGCAUAUUUGAAGAGUGUGGCCAUAGCAAUAGAUGACUAGGAAAGGGGAUAUAUACAUGGAUGUUACCAUUGAA